AUGUGGAGCACAGCGACAGCAACAUCAGCAAACGUGCAGCCACCAGAGCAGCAUGAGAUGGCGCCAGUGAUUUUGAGCGAAGAACGAUAUUUGAAGCCGGAUCCGACAGCCUCCCUUGCCAAAGUCUCGGCAGAUGAAGGCUCAGCCUUGUUGAAGCUCAACACAGAGGGUUUGCAGGAGUUCUUCAACCGUAAAGCAUGCAAAGCAAUUGGUGAGGUGCUGGCCAAAGAAAAGAUCAAUGGGACAACCUUGGCGCAGUUGACAAAUAAACACAUCGAAGACUUGGCUUUGUCCUUGGGCGACAAGUUGUCCCUGCAUGGUUUCAUGAACCGUUUCCGUUCAAGUGCCCGGGCAGCCAAGCGAAGCGAGUCUCUUUGGGAGGCCGAAGAGUUUCCCUACGAAUACCAGCUGGCCAACUACAAAGUCACGAACACCGUUCUGAAAGUGGUUGGGUAUCAAUGGGUGGAUGGAACGGGGGAUUCAGCUCGGCCUUUCGAAUAUGACCAGCAAGUUACUUGCUGUUGCCACACUUGGAUCAAGCGCCCCGACUUUGAGUUCGAAGAGUCCACGGACAACAUUGACCUGAGUUGCAUCUCUGAUAUUGAUGUGGUGGUUUCGAGCAACUUUCAACCGGAGACGUACACCCCAACUCCGCAGGACAAGCAGAAUGGCUACUGCAAGGAGCUUCUCGUCGCAAAGCCAGGCUUGGUCAUCGUGACUUACACAUCCCCCACCAUGGGUAUUACGAAGAAGGUGUUAGGCGUUGAUCCCGCUACGGCACAGAAAGUGGCAGACAUCAUCAUCCAUGCAAAGGAGGAGACCCAAGCAGAAGAUUCAGGUUCUGGCAAGAUUGAUUGA